AAAAACAGGAAAGUUGAGUGCGCAGUACUAGUAAGGACCUGUGCGCGACUGCGCAAUGGAGAGCUGCCGUUCAACAGGUGUAUCUCUUCUCUCCCAGCAUUUCCACAUUUUCAUUCACACCGUCGGAGGCAUCAAUGGAAAUCCGCACAUUUUUUUUCUUUCUUAACAUGUCGUAGGUGUUAAAAUAUUGACUGGAUUAAAACUUUUUUCCCGCUUCCACACGAAUUGCAUGGAUAAACGCUCACUUUCACCGAAGGAUGUCAGUCUUUUUGAACUUGAAAUGAAUUAAUCCUUAAUCUCCAGUGUUUUUUUUUAUAAUAGUGUUUUUUUUUUUUUAUUUCUUUCCUUCUGUCUUUUGGUUGUUGUUGUUGCACUGGACGUCUUUAUGUAUGGGUAUGUCCUCUUCUCCAAUGUGUCCUGUGGGACUGGAUCUAUGAUCGAUGUAAUUGAAUCAGGAGUACCUUCUCUCAACAUGGACGCUGUUUUUGGUAUAUUAAUAAUGAGCUUUACAUUGACAUCGACAUACUGACAACUCGGGCUCAGGAGAAAAGUCUGAACUGGAGGAUGAUGAAGGCAGUUUCAUAUGUUCUUGCUGCGGUGAUCUUCUGGAACUCAGCAGCCCGAGUAAGUGGAGAAGAAGAAUACAGCUUUCUAGAGCCCUCUGAGUCCCCCUGGGAUCUGUGGUCUUUGGCAGAGGGGGAAACUCGUUUGCCCUGUCGAUUCAAUGUGUCGGACAGUGAGAUUACAGUGGUGCAGGUGCUGUGGAUUCGAGAGAACAAUGGAGUUGAAGAACAGAUUCUUACUGCUCAUUUCAAAGAAGGCCAGACAGAAUUCCACUCUUCAUAUUCAGGGCGUGUACGAUUCGAGACCAACAACCCAAUAGCAGACUCUGCUCUGAUUAUCAUGCGCACUCUUUCUGCAGAUGAGGGCAAAUACAAAUGCAAAAUCAUUACCUUCCCCAGUGGAAACUUUGAGGCAGAGAUAGUGCUCACAGUGUGGACUAAACCGAUUUCCUCACUGAAAUCGUACACCCUGAUUGAAGGACAGUCAUUUCGUCCGGCUGCUUCAUGCCGUGCGAUGGCAAAGCCAGUUGCAGGUCUGUCCUGGGACACAGAACUGCCGGGUCAGAGUCAGAACCAGAGCUCAGAUGAGUCGGUCUCCUCAAUCAAGUUUUCUCUCCACCCUUACCGCAGCAUGAAUGGACAGAAGCUGGACUGUCUGGUCUGGCAUCCAUCCCAAAAAGGCCCUGAGAGGAUCUCUAAUAAACUCAUAGUACACUACCCUCCGAAUGCAGUGAUAUCAGGCUACAAAGACGACUGGUUUGCUGAAAUGCAAGGAGCCACGCUGCAGUGCAGUGGUGAAGGAAAUCCAAAGCCUCACCUUUUCAACUGGACGAGGAAAGAUGGGGCUCUACCGGAGGGUGUGAUUGUGGACGGAGGCACUCUGCUCUUUUCUAGACCCCUCCGCUUGGCAGAUAAAGGACAUUACAUCUGCACCACCACCAAUCUGGUGGGAUCUGGAAAAACUGAGAUCGAAGUAAAAAUAUCAGAGCCGACUCCUCCUAUCGCCUCGGUGAACUUCAUGCUGAUGAUCACCAUCGCUGCUCUUGCUGCAGGGGUUGUUCUCACUCUUAUCGGUGUGAUCAUUUGUGUUAACCGUCACUAUAAACGCAAAAAUAAUCAACUGGCCAUAGAGCUGGAUGAAAAAAAGGUGGAAAUCAACACUCUAUCAAGACAGGCCUCGUUUAGGAGAGUGAACUCCAGCAGCACAGACAACAGAUACUCGGAGGACAAUCAUCCUUUAAGAGUCGAAGGGACGAUACGCACAAGUCUCUCCUCACUGGAUCGUCCUCGCUCCAGGGAUAGUCGUUCCACUCUGGGAGGAGUGGAUUCACUGGGUCGGCCUGCAAUUUAUAACACGUCCAGAAGAGGGAGAGAGAAAACGAUAGACAGAGCUGACAGAGAAUCUGCUCGACUGAUGAUGGAGUCUUUUGAGCAGGACAGUAACAUGUCACAGGAAACCCAUCUUCUCCCACCUCUCCACCCCUCUUCCUACACAAUGGACCAGCCCGCAGACAUGGUCAGAUCUCGAAAUGGCAAUGCCAUUCUGCCAGCAGAGGGGAGGCCGCAUUCUGGAGGCAGUACCAGAGGGGGCAGCAGCAGGCAUCAUUCACCGUUAGUGACCAUGUACCCGACUCUUACGGAUGAAGAGGAAGGCUCUGUCAGCCCUACGGAUUCGGGAGUCCACCGUGGUACACUGGAGCAUGACGCUUUUGAAAAUGGCGACAGCGAGACCACGAGUUCUCAGAUAUCUGAAGCUCUGUCCAGUCAUUUUGAGCGCACUAAUGGCACACUACGACCCAAAGUGAAACCAAACAACAUCAUUCUGCCAGCCAAUACAACCAUUUACUUUCAUCCACAUAGUCCACCUAUCCAUAAAGCUCAGAUCGUUUAGAGGGAUUGUUUGGAAACGUCUUACAUGAGAGGAGUCUUGGAUUUAUUGUUUGAAGUUCACUCUACACACAGCUGGACGAUUACUAAGCCCAAAGUGGAACUUUUAUAUAAACGUUUUAUAUGAACUUAUUCUCAAGGUGGCAAAAACUUGAACUCUAUCAAGCCAUCAUAUGACCAAACUCAAACCUGAAUAUCAAUAUCAGCAUUACACAAAGAGGCUCUCAAAUAGCGGCAUAAUCUAUUCUGGAUUCUGGAACUGGGACGUUUGAGUAUUAAUGAACUACAAUAUGUGUUUCAGAUACAGAUUAGCUGAAAAUUGCCAGAGCUGAGCUUGUCUUUGACCAGGAAUUAAGAUUUAUAUAAAUAUAUAUGUACAGCGGGGAAAAUAUGUGUUAAACACACCAUGCUUUUUCCUGGGGAUAAUAUUUCUAAAGGAGCUGUUGACAUAUUGAACCAGAUUUUAGUAAAAACCCAAACAAUGCAAACAUAAAAAUAAAACAAGCAAAAAAAAAAGAGUUUUGU